AUGUCUGAUGAGGCGACGCAUCAAGCAAACGGGCAGACCGACGCCAACGUAGCCAGCAAGACCGACAAGCUUGACGAUGCUGGCGCUGAAGUCCCUAGCACCGUGGAGCCAUCUCAACCUUUCUCUUGGCUACAACCUCAUCCCAUUUUCGUCAUUGCCCUAGUUGGCCCGGACGAGACGCCUUUCGGCAUUCAGAAGGACUUUUUGUGUUCCAGAUCGACAUUUUACAAGAAGCACUUCGACGAAACCCCAGACGAAGGGCUAGAGAACCUCGUGAGACUACCGAAUACGUCUGUCGAGGUUUUCGCCUACGCGCAGAACUUCCUCUACACCGGAACCGUGUUUCCGGCGCUCGAUAAGCUCCCUAGUUACGAUAUCCUCAUCGGCGUCUGGAAGCUGGGGCACGAUCUGGGAAUUGACGGUCUCUGCGAUGCAGCACUUGAGGCUAUGAUUGAGUGCCGCCGCGUGACCCAACACAUUCCCGCCACUCCGCUGCUAGUACAGGUCUGGAAGGAGACACCAGAAGGCUCGUCCAUCCGCAGGCUUCUCCUCACAUGGACGGCAGAGUACAUGAGGUCCAGCGAGACGCGAGCCGAGUUUGCUCGAUCGCUGCCACAGGAGGUGCUGAGCGAGCUGGUUGUGGCCAUGAGCUCACUAAACCUGCCGCCGCUUCAGCUCGACGGGGAUUCUACCGUUCCUACUUCUCAGCGUCGCUCCGUGCCGCAUGAUUUGGCCGAGCCCGACCGUCCCGCGAAGAAGCGCCGCACGUCCGAGGCUGGUAUCAGCACCGGUGGCGUCGUUGCACCUAUUGGCCAACUUGGUAGGAAGCCGGGGCCGAGGGCAUCGUUGCCGGGAUCCAAGCCGGGGCCGAAGCCCGGGUCUAAGCGCCGGGCUAGCGCAGCUCUGAGUGCCGCGCAAAACUUUUCUGCCAACCAGAAACUUAACUUUUGUGCUGAUCUCCUUUCGAGGAUGCUCUCAGGCCCAGGCUUCUGGACGCGGGUCGUUGGCCCCUUCAAAGACCCCGUUGAUCCGGAGCGCGACGGCGUGCCUGACUAUUUGAACGUGGUCAAGAAGCCAAUGGACCUGAUGACGAUGAAGGCUAAGAUGGACGGUCGUGAGUACACUGACGAGAACGAGUUCCUGGCCGACAUGAACCAGAUCUUCACCAACUGCUACACGUACUGGCGCGAGCAGGACCCCAUGUGGACGGCGUGCGAGAAGCUGCAGAAAUCGUUCGAGGAUAAGUUCGGCCAAAUGAACAAGUGGAUCGCUAAAAUGGAGGGCGACGAGGGCCACUGA